GCGGGGUCGAGGCGCGCGGGGGCGGGGGCGGGGGCGGGGGCGAUCCUGCGCGCGUGCGUCCUGGACGAGGACGAGGAAACGUUCGUGGUUUUCGACGCCUCCGGAAGCGCGCGCGUCGGGAAAGCGCGCGAUGGACGAGCGGUGACGCUCGUGGACGUCGCGGCGUUCGCUGCGAGGAGCGAUGAGGCGUUGGACGUCGUGCGUGGUCCGUAUUGGUCGUGCGCGCGAGCGGGACGCGGUCGCGCGUUGGUCGGCACGAGCGGACGGACGCUCUUGGAGUGCGCGUGGGACGAACGAGGGAUCGAGCGACGUGUAGACGACGAUGGUCUCCCGUUGAAAGCGCUCGGGCCGCACACGGGGUACGUGCGAGACGUGGUGGUUUCGCGAGACGGGACGCGCGCGUGGAGUUGCGCGUGUAACUUUGCGCCGAGUUGGCGUGCGAGAGAUGACGGCGCAUUCGAGGCGACUGGGGAUGUGUUGAAGUUGUUUACAGGUGAUAUCCUACGAUUGGCGCUGUGUGAACGGGCCGGGGAGACUCUCGUGUUUUGCGGCGUCGCCGAUGGAACGGUUCGCGCGUUCGAUGCGACGAAGUCUCCCGCGGACGAUCUCGGAGUUGUCGGAGGCGAUGAAACGAUCACAAGGGGGCGCGUAUCGGCACUGUGCACGGUCAAUGAUGAGUGGGUCGUGAGCGGUUGUCACGACGGUGUGGUCACGACGCAUCUCGCGCGUUCAACGAGAGGCGCCGCCGUGGCUUCACGCACUUUGGAUGGGAAGGUUCAAGACAUAGUCGUUCUCUACGACGGGCGCGUCAUCGUCGCUGGAAGUUUCGGAGUCGUCGUAUACGACUGUGCCGAGCGCUUGAAUCUCGUGGACGACGCUUUCGGAGGUGUUCGAUCGGCCGUCCGUUCGCUGGCGAAGACGGCGAAUAGCGUCAUCGUCGGCUCUGCAGUCGGCGACGUCUUCAUCAUCCCAUAUCGUUAG